GCGUUAUAAGGAACUUCCUGAUGAGCUGAGAAACAGCGCGAGUUGGUGCCUUUUCCGUUCAGAAAACCAAGAUGGCUCGAGGUCCGAAGAAACACUUGAAGCGUCUUAAUGCGCCUAAAGCAUGGAUGUUGGACAAAUUGGGGGGUGUGUAUGCUCCGCGCCCGUCUACCGGACCUCACAAGCUCAGGGAAUCUCUUCCUCUUGUUAUUUUCCUCCGUAAUAGAUUGAAGUAUGCCUUGACUAAUUGUGAAGUAACAAAAAUUAUGAUGCAACGUCUGAUUAGAGUCGAUGGCAAAGUCCGUACAGAUCCCAAUUAUCCUGCAGGUUUUAUGGACGUUAUUACUAUCAAGAAGACUGGUGAAUUCUUCCGAUUGAUCUAUGAUGUUAAGGGACGAUUUACUACUCACAGAAUCACAGCAGGAGAAGCAAAGUACAAGCUGUGUAAGGUAAAACGUGUUCAGACUGGUCCUAAAGGUAUUCCAUUCUUGGUGACUCAUGACGGUAGAACCAUUCGUUACCCAGACCCAGCUAUCAAGGUUAAUGAUACCGUUUAUUUGGACAUUGCCACUGGCAAAAUUUUGGACUUUAUCAAAUUUGAUUCAACUAAUCUCUGUAUGAUUACUGGCGGAAGAAAUUUAGGACGUGUCGGUACGGUCGUCAGUCGCGAGCGUCACCCUGGAUCCUUUGAUAUUUGCCAUAUUAGAGAUUCGCAAGGGCAUACUUUUGCAACAAGGUACAGUUUUAUUGUUCAUAUAACAGUUUACACAUAUUCCAGAUUUAAAAUUUUGCAAAAGAGGUUGAAGUUGUUUCUAUACCGGUCAUAA